CCGAAGUUCUAACCAUCAUUCUCCGAUUCUUCUCCAAUUUCAUGUAUGAAGAGUUUGCCACCAUACCUCAAGCGGUCGGACGUUCGCCUUCUUCAAAUUGGGACUUGAUUUUCAUCUUGAGAUAGCGGUCCGAGUAAAUCGGGCCAAACAGUAUACGGAACUUCCUGAAGACGUUCAGCAUGCUCUCCCGUCUGAAAGUCGAACCUGGAGGAUAUUCUGCCUUUUCAAUUUCCCGUGCCAUCAUUUUCAGGAAAUGGAACUCACCAUUCCCUCUGUAUUCUUCUGGACAAAUCGGAUGAUUCAAUUUUCUAAAAGUUGAUACUUACGGGCUAACUAGCAACAAAGGCUAUUUUUUCUCACCUUAACUCGGGAUAAUCACCACAACUAUGCCAGUGGACCAAAUACGUCUUCAUUCGUUUGUCUGAUUCGAAAUGGAGUCUCUUCCAGUAGAGGUCGUUGGGAACAUCCUGUCGCGGCUCGGGGCCGCCCGUGAUGUCGUGAUUGCAUCUGCCACUUGCCGCAAAUGGCAAGAGGCUUGGAGGAAUCAUCUCCACACGCUCACAUUCAAUUCAGACGAUUGGCCUUUGUACCACGAGUUCUCGACCAGCAGGCUCGAGAUAAUCAUUACUCAGACCAUUUUCCAGACCAAAGGCCUGCAGUGCCUCUCCAUAAUCAUGGAUGAUGUUGAUGAAUUCUCGGCUGCACCUGUUAUUGCUUGGCUUAUGUACACUCGAGAAACCCUGCGCCAACUGCACUACAACGUGAGGACAACUCCAAACAUCAACAUGCUCGAGAAGUGUGGCCGGCAGAAGCUCGAGGUUUUAGCUUUGUCUCACAACACGAUCACGGGAGUCGAGCCCUGUUAUCAGAAAUUCCCAUGCCUGAAAUCUCUCUCCUUGAGCUAUGUCAGCAUAUCAGCCCUUGAUCUAAGCCUUCUGCUUACUGCCUGCCCGAAAAUCGAAUUCUUGAAUCUGAUCAGUCUCGAUAUUGUCAUGUCUGAUCCCCAGGCGACAAUGGAUUUGAGCAGUUCCUCUUUGAAGGAUAUUUAUGUAGAGGCAAUCAGUUUGGAUAAGUUUAUACUCGAGGCGGAUAGCCUCGAGAAGUUGCACCUGAAGGACUGUACACUAGAAGUUUUCGAACUUGUGGGUAAGGGGAUGUUGAAGUACCUGAAGAUUGAUGAUGUAAGCGUCAUCCAUCUCGAUAUCGGCGAUAGUGCAGAUAAUCUAGAGAUUGUCGACGUCAGCAAUUUCACGAUCAUGUGGGCGAAAUUCCAUCACAUGAUCUCACGAUCGUCCAAGCUGAGAAAACUUAGGUUGUGGGGCGUUGUGUUUGAUGACGAGGACGAAUUUGUCGAUAUCGAGACGAUUUCGUCGUGCUUUCCUUUACUUCGCCAUUUGUCACUGAGUUAUGAUCUGAGAGAAGCUGCACUUCAGUAUGGCUUACAGGGUUCUUUCGUGUUGGACAAUGUGAUUGUCCUGGAACUUGGUUGGACGGUCAUCAGUGACCUUUUCUCGACCUGGGUUUCGGGACUUCUUGAGAAGUGCCCUCAUCUGAGCAAAUUGGUCAUACAUGGGGUCGUAUCUGAGACCAAAACCCACGAGGAGUGCAACAUGCUGGCUAGCUUUACCUCGUCUAUUGUGAGACUCAUGAGGAAGUAUAUGCAUGUGGAAGUUCAAUUUGAAUACGAAUAGCUUCGUAUUAUUUCGGAGGCUUGCAGCUGGAUAUGGGUUACACCUACACAGCAGAUGUUGAUUCUCAAUAGAGAAUAGAUUCUCCUAACUGUCUGGUCAGGUAAUUUUGGAGUAUAUCAAGCAGUUGUUGGGUUUACUAUUCUUUUUGCGUAACUUUCAAGUCAUGCUUGCUAGUUGUUGUUGAUUAUUGUCCGUUAUAAUUUGAAGGAAAACAACGUCUUUGUUCACUUAUGAAGAAGCUUCCGACAACAUUGUUUUGCUAUGUUUAUAAUUUGAUGUCCUUUCUUUUUAUCUGUACACAUUAAUAUGUUCCUCCAGAGUUUCUCAGGCAGUAGAGGCUUUUGAGUUUUGUUGAUGUGGAGGAGAACAUAACCUUUUAAUUUAUGUUAUUAGUUGUGGCUGAGAUAUGCUAUUUUUGACGACAUUUUCUUCUUUCAUUUUGCUUCUUUCUUUUUUCCUUUA